GUUGCGAAAUGACGGCCACGAUCGAGCGGACGCCGCUGCUUGCGACCACGCGGUCGCUGUACUCGACCAAGGCCGUGGUCGAUGAAAUGACGGCGAUCUUUGCAAUAUGCUGGAAGAUCUCCCUCGCGACGUUUUGUCAACUCAGUGUCUUGACGAUCUCGACGGUGUUCUUGGGGCAUCUCGGCACGCACGAGCUGGCCGCCUGUGCCAUGGUCAUGUCCGUCAUUGGGGGCUUUCGCAUCAUUGCGUGGGCGUUUUCGAUUUCGAUCAGCACUCUUGGAGGUCAUGCCUACGGUGCCAAGAACUUUGAACUGGUGGGUGUGUGGCUGCAAAUUGGGCUCAUCGUGCUCACACCAGUGUCUGUCUUGUUAAUGAUCGUGUGCUGGAACAUCCGACCGUGCCUUGAAUGGAUGACGGACGACUUGGAACUGCUGGCGAUGGGCGAGACGUAUGCGUGGUAUGUGUCUUGGAGUGUCUGGCCCACCGCUGUGUACGAAGCUUUGCGAGGUUAUUACAAAGCCCAAGAAAUCAUGAUCCCCACCACCGUCGUCGACGUUACGACCCUGUUCAUCUCGAUUGGCGUCAACUACAUUUGCAUUUAUGGCUGCUGGGGGUUGCCAGGUCUUGGGUUCAUCGGGUCACCCCUCGCCGUUGUCAUUAUUGCAAUCGUCCAAGCAGCGUCGCUGUGGUCGUGUGCUCAUUUGCUCCAAGAACGCCAUACCAAGACAUGGUUUGGGUGGAAGAUGAAAUACUGCCUCAACGCCGCUCGCUUGCGGCAGUACUUGGAGCUCACCGGCACGUUUUUAGUGUACUUGGCGCUGGAUGAGUGGGUGUACAACGUGCUGGCGGUCAUGGCAGCGCGACUUGGCAGCUUGAAUGUGGCAGCUUACAACAUCCUGUUUACCAUUUGGACGUUGGCGUACGGUCUGUACAUCGGGUUCAGUACCCCCAUUCAAGUGCGCGUAUCUCAUGCGCUCGGUGCCAACGAUCCGGACAAGGCCAAGCAGACCGCCGCCAUCGGUUGCGGCAUGGGGUCGUUUGCUGCCGUCGUCCUCAGCGCGGCCAUGUAUGUCGGUCGAUAUGAAUUGCUGGCGUUGUACACCCCCGACGAAGACCUCCAGAACGUCGUACUUCCUGUCCUGGGACUCUUUUGUGUGGCGGCGAGCCUCUCCGGCGUGCAUAUAACGCUAUCUGCGAUGCUAGAAGCCAUGUCGCUGGCCAGGACCCUCGUCAUCGCGUCGUGUGUGGGUUCAUGGCUCGUGCUGCUCCCUGUCGCGUACGAAGUUGCGUUCGAAACGUCCUUUGGCUUUGGUGGGCUCUACAUUGGCAGUGUCAUCGGCGAGUCCGUGAAGCUCAUCAUCAUGGCCGUGGCCCUCGUUUGGGUAUACGACUGGCGUGUUGUAGCCGAGCGUGUAUCCAAGCAAGUGGGCAGCGACCACGAAGGGUUUGAUGUGUAGAAGAGAUCGACCUUGUCGUUGUCGGCAUCGCGAGUGCGACCUCGUCGUGGCGAAUGCCAGUGGUUUUUAACUGAUAGCAUUUCUUGCAUAAAGCGCUAUUGCGUAGGGACUGUUAUGCUUAAGGCCACAUAAAGUAUCAAGGCGGCGAAAGGCCGUACUCGUCGCAGUCGCCACGAUCAUAUUCACACGCGGCAGUAAAACAAGCCAAGUCGCAGAGUUGAUCGCCGACUGCCCACAGCAUGCAUCCUGGUGCACAGAUCGCCCGUCCACACACUGUCGCGUCAGUGGACGAGUUGCAAUAUGUGGUAUUGCCCACAAGGACCAUCUUGGACGUGAGGCGGGCUGUGUCAAAGCCUCGCGGGAGAACGGCGAUUGGGUUGGACGACACGUCGAGCAUGAUGUCGCUCCGAAGGGUCGUGGGAAGCUCAGUCAGGGAGUUGCCUCCCAAAUUCACAGAGUGCAGUUGCGUCAGAUGAUUUAGCUGGGCUUGCCACAAGUCGUCCACGGUGGUAAGCCACGGAUGGUUUGUCAGGUAGAGUGCCUGGAGGUUGCCGAGCGUCGACAGCGCCGUCGGGGUCGUCGUGAGGCUGGUGUUGAAAAAAAACAGGUUUGUCACGGGCUGCCAUAUAUCCACCAAGUGCUCUGGCAGCGUCGCAAGGGGAGUCGACUCGAACAUGAGAUUGGUCAGGAGUGGCGGCAGUUUGGCUUGGAGACUCACUGGAACCGAGAAAAAGUCGCACUGGCGAAACUGGAUCGACGUCAGGGUCGCGGGAAGCGCGGCGUCCCAGUCGCGGAGUUUCGUAAACUGAAACACGACUGUGUUGAGCGAUUGCUGGUGGGCAAACGUGCUGUUUGAAAUGCCGCUGCGAACGUCGCAGCGACUCACUUUGAGGACAAAGAGCGACGAACCGACGUCAUGAGGGUCGAUGAAUGCGUCUACGUCAAGGCUCUGGUUGCGAAGGACGUGGCAGUUGAUGUGGAGGUACUUGCAGUGGCACGUCAGGUCCAACAGGGGUGUCGUCGCCGCCUGGCAUGUCGAUGGGCAUGGCUGCCGAAAAAACAGCGCCUGGAGGCACAAGACCCAGACAGUCACUCCACAACCCACGCUGCACACCGCGUACCACACGACAAACGGGGGUCGACGAUGGUGGCGGCGUUUGAAGGCAGUGGUAUUUUUCUCCGUGGUCGUCCUUCGCUCAAUCAACAGUCUCGACGGCUGCUUCUUCCUGGACGACCAAGUGCUCGCCUGGAGGCUUCUCGGCGGGAGAGCCCCUGCCAGCCGAUAUAGCGAGACGAGAGUGUUGACAUCCAUGACAAGCUUGACGA